AUUAUAUAUUAAUAUUAGCAAUGUCAUUUUGUCAUUUUUCCAAUAAUUAAUAAAUAGUUUAUAAAAAUUUCUAUAAUUGACUGCAUCAUCAAAAUGUCUCAAUUAAGUGAAGGAAUAGUAUUUGGUUUGGGAAACCCAUUGCUGGACAUCACCUGUUCGGUCGAUAAUGACUUCCUCAAGAAAUGGUCACUGAAGGCCAACGAUGCUAUUCUGGCGGAUGACUCUCACGAGAAUCUCUACAAAGAAGUGGUCUCACAGUUUGAAUGUAAAUACAUAGCCGGCGGCAGUUGUCAAAACACAUUGCGGACCAUACAAUGGAUGCUAAAGAAGACUCACAUCUGUACAUUCAUGGGCGGUAUCGGCGACGACGAGUUCGGUAAAAUUAUGGCCAAUAACUCGCAUGAAGUUGGCCUCAACACCGUUUAUCGUAUUGAUGCCGACACGCCAACGGGCACGUGCGCGUGUCUCAUAUCAGACAACAACACGUGCCGAUCUUUGGUGGCCUAUUUGGGCGCAUCCCAAAAGUUUGACAUUGAACACGUACGCAAUAACUUCGGUUACGUAGAAAAGGCCAGAAUAUUCUAUACGACAGGAUAUCAUUUGGCGGUUAGUACCGAAUCGAUUCUUCUGGUGGCCAAACAUGUGCACAACAGCGACGGUAAACUGUUUACUAUGAAUCUGUCGGCGCCUUAUAUUAGUCAAGUGUUUUCCAAACAACUUCUUGAAGUACUUCCAUAUGUAGACAUACUUUUCGGCAAUGAGACCGAAGCGGCCGCUUUUGCAGAAUUGAAUGGAUGGAAGACAAAUGACAUAAAAGAAAUCGCAAGACUGACCGCUAAUCUGAAGUCCAAUCGGAAAACCGGACGAAAGGUGGUCUACACUCAGGGAGCGGCAAGUGUUUUGGUGGCCUCGACUGGCAGUUCCGAAGUUCUUGAAUUCUCUGUACCGGUGGUCGAAGAAAGUAAAAUUGUGGACACCAUUGGUGCGGGUGAUGCGUUUGUCGGCGGAUAUAUCGCUCAGUUAGUUAGUGAUAAGCCAUUAGAAACUUGUGUGGAAAGUGGUGUUUAUGCGGCACAGCAAGUGAUCCAACAAAUUGGUGCCCAUUUUCCUAAAGAGAUGACUUACAAGUCAUGUGAUAAAUAA